GGCCGUACCGAGCCGCGCAGCCCCCGCCCCGCCCCGCCCGGCCCCGCAAUGGCGGCGGCGUUCACCGCCCUCCGCGUCCUGCUCGGGCUCUUCUUCCUGCUGGCGGGGGCCGCGAAGCUCUCGGAGCUGCUCUCGGCCGAGCUGCACCGGCACAUGAGCUCCCAGUUCGUGCGGUUCGCAGAGGUGUUCCCGCUGAAGGCGCUGGGGUUCGAGCCGGAGCCGGGCCGGUACCUGCAGGCUGUGGGCUGGGUGGAGGCGGCGGCCGGGCUGCUGCUGGCGUUCGGGCCGCAGCUGCUGCAGGAGAUCAGCAACUUCAUCCUCAGCGUGCUCAUGAUCGGUGCCAUCUACACGCUGCUGGUGCUGCGGGAGCCCCUGGCCAUGUGCGCCCCGGCCACCGUCUGCCUCGGCCUCCUGCUGCUGCUCAACAUCCGCGGGCACGCGGACCCCCCCAAGCCCAAGUUCGAGUGAUGGCGGGCGGGAAGCGGUGCCCUGACGGUGUCUUACGGGGGACGGCGUC